AUGUCCUCUUACGAAGACGACGGCCCUUCCCCCCUUACGAGAAUCGCUCAAUUGGAGUCUCUCGUAAAGCAAUUACGAAUGGCCCUUUCGCCAGCGCAAUGCGUUCUCUUUUCGGAUCCCGAUAAUACGCGCACGUCAUUCAGCAACCUGAACGCUUUUCUUUUCGGCUUUUCGGCUUUUCGGCUCUUUGGUUCUUCCGGUCCUUUUGGUUUUUCUCUCGGCCCGUUUUACGGAUUCUCUUCGUCCCUCGGCCCCUUUCGGUCCCUCAAAACCGCCUUCGCACGGCCACGGGCCCCUCUCUCUUUCGGCGACUUAACCGACCUCCCGGUACUCAAGUAUUUGCAGCACGUCAUUUGCAGCUCGAGCACUUGCAAUACGCUUUCGGCUCUUUCGACAAUCAAACAAAGACUCAGCUUUUUGGAAGAUCGAAAUCCCACCCUCCAGCAUGCUCCUCACAGCUCCCUCGAUCAGCAAGCUUAUCAAUCUACCCGUUGUGGUGCAAUCAAUUUGGAUUGCUGGGGUUUAAGAGGGUUUGAUUCAGACGAAAAGGAGGAAAUUUUGGCGGAAUGGAACGCUUCUGGAGGCUACGACGCUGACCCUGACGAUUACCGCGAUCUGUAG